CAAUUUUACCCCGCCAGAAUCGAGAACCCUAAAACAAAAACAAAACUAGAGAGAGCGGGUCUGUGUGUAUUGUUAAUUUGCAGAAGCCCUCAAGAAUCUCUCUCUCUCUCUCUGAAGAUGAGUCGGUCAGGCCAGCCCCCAGAUCUUAAGAAGUACAUGGACAAGAAGCUUCAAAUCAAGAUGAAUGCUAAUCGCAUGGUGGUCGGGACUCUUCGUGGUUUUGAUCAGUUCAUGAAUCUGGUGAUCGACAAUACUGUGGAAGUGAAUGGUGACGAGAGAAAUGAUAUAGGCAUGGUGGUUAUUAGAGGAAAUAGUGUUGUCACUGUUGAAGCACUUGAGCCUGUAAGCAGAGGGCAGUAGCUGCAAAUUUGUAUUUUUUUGUGGUAGGUGGUUCUGAAGGCUUUUAUCCAUGUAGAACUUUUGAGGACAAAAACCAUUAUAUAUAAGUGCUAGGCACUGUGAGUUCUCAUGAAUUUUAUUAGACGGCUAUCAGACUUCUGUCUUGGUUGAUAUUGUAUCUUAAAACUAAAUAGAUACUUUUGUUAUUAUUAACCUGGUUUAUGUUAUUCUAACCUCUUAUGGUUUUCUUCACUGA